UUGAUUGACAUGUGGAUGAGAGCUCAGGGGAAGGUCUGCUUUGCUCUGUGCAGUUGAACGUGAUGAUCGAUGUGUUGGUAUAUAAGCCCGGGCCUCAGAGCUCUUCCUCGGGGUCAUGGAUAUGGGAUACUGGAUACAGGCACACUCUUUAAGAAGCAAUUGGGAAAGAAGCACCAAUCAUGUAUUGGAAAACUCUUGUUCGACUCGCUGUCUUUGCAGCGAGCAUUCUCCUCACCGCGGGGUUGCCAACCUUUGGCAAUGAGACCUUCAACAAUGGGACCUCAACACCCCAGGCCGGGGACAAGUAUGUCUUCGCCCAUUUCAUGGUCGGCAUCGUCGAAAACUACCAGCUACCCGACUGGAUCGCCGACAUGACGGCCGCGCAGGCCAUCGGCAUCGACGCCUUCGCCCUGAACUGCGCCAGCAUCGACAAAUACACCCCCACCCAGCUUGCCCUCGCCUACCAGGCAGCCCAACAAGUCAAUUUCAAAGUCUUCAUCUCCUUCGACUUCGCUUACUGGAGCAACGGCGACACCGCCAAGAUCACAGCCUACAUGCAGCAAUACGCCAACCACCCCGCCCAGAUGCAAUACAAGGGCGGCGCAUUGGUGAGUACCUUUGUUGGUGACAGCUUCAACUGGGGUCCGGUAAAGCAGGGCACUUCGCAUCCUAUCCAUGCGGUCCCUAAUCUCCAGGAUCCGGCCGCGUCGUCCAGCAAUGGCCAGCGGUCCGCCAAUGGGGCGUUUUCGUGGUACGGCUGGCCCACGGAUGGGGGAAAUAGCAUUAUUCAGGGCCCGAUGACGACUAUCUGGGAUGAUCGGUAUAUCAAGGACUUGAAAGGGGCGACUUACAUGGCGCCCGUCUCGCCCUGGUUCUCUACCCACUUCAACAGCAAAAACUGGGUAUUCAUCUGUGAGAACCUGCCUACCCUCCGAUGGGAGCAGAUGCUAUCUCUUAAGCCGAGUCUGAUCGAAAUCAUCUCCUGGAAUGACUACGGCGAAUCGCACUACAUCGGCCCCUACUCCGCAAACCACAGCGACGACGGGUCCUCCAAAUGGGCCACCGGGAUGCCCCACGACGCCUGGCGCGAUCUAUACAAGCCGUACAUCGCGGCCUACAAAUCCGGCGCGGCGAAGCCCACCAUCGACAAAGACGGGCUCGUAUACUGGUACCGGCCCACUCCCAAGGGGGUAUCCUGUCCGCAGGACAACCUGCCAGCGCCCAACGGGUUCCAGAUGCUCAGCGAUACGAUUUUUGUGGCGACGAUGUUGACCAGCCCGGCGACGUUGACGAUCACGAGUGGCUCGAAUGCGCCGGUUCGUGUGGAGGUGGGAGCGGGGAUCGUCACGACGAAUGUUACCAUGGGGAUCGGGAAUCAGGUCUUCUCGGUGAGUCGGGAUGGGAAGACGAUUCUUAGUGGGCAGGGCGGGUUGGCGGUGCAGGAUCAGAGUAAGUAUUAUAAUUUCAAUGUUUAUGUGGGGGGGAUUCAGGCGAAGUGA